UCUCACGCGCACUCACACCUCAGAUCCCGUCCCUGCUGAAGAUGUGGCUGCGAGAGGAGCUGUUGAAGUCCAUAUGGCACGCGUUCACUGCGCUGGACGUGGACAGUCGAGGGAAGGUCUCCAAGUCUCAGUUAAAGGUGUUGUCUCACAACCUGUGCACAGUGAUGAAGAUCCCUCACGACCCUGUGUCCCUCGAAGAACAUUUUAAAAACGACGACAAAGGGCUUCUGUCCAACCAAGGCUACAUGCCGUACCUCAACCAGUUCAUACUGGACAAGGUGCGGGAGGAUUUUGACGUGCAGGAUUUUUACAAGAUGUGCUGGACCCUGUGUUUCAAGAAAAAUAUCUGCACCAAACAUCUGCUCAUCACACAGGACGAUGCUUUCAAGGUCUGGUGCAUUUUCAACUUUCUGUCAGAAGACAACUACCCACUGGUCAUAAUCAUUGAAGAGAUUGAGUACUUUCUGCGUAAGGUGCUGGAGGCCAUGGGGAGCGAAUGGAGUGAGGAGAAGUUUGCAGAUUACAAGCUGCAGCUGGGCUCGGAGAACUGCCUGACCGCCUGGGAGCUGAUCGAACUGGUGGGGCUGGGAUACUUCAGCAAGGGCAUGAACCAGCAGACCCUGUCCCUGGGCAUCAAUGAGGUCUACCAGGAGCUCAUACUGGAUGUGCUCAAACAGGGAUACAUGAUGAAGAAGGGCCACAGGAGGAAGAACUGGACUGAGCGCUGGUUUGUCCUUCGACCCGACACCCUGUCCUACUUCGUCUGUGAGGAUCUUCUGGAGCAGAAAGGAAAAAUCCUUUUGGACAUAAACUGCUGUGUAGAGUCUCUUUCUGAAAAAGAUGGGAAGAAAUGCCUUUUCCUCAUCAAGUGCCCUGACAUAAGCUUCGAAAUCAAUGCUUCAGAUAAAAAGAAGAAGCAGGAAUGGAUCCAAGCCAUUCAGACGUGCAUCCAGAUGCUGAGGCUGGGGCUGUCGUCUCCUCACCGCGAGGCGCGGCUGAGGCGCAGGGAGCUGCGGCAGAAGCAGCACGCCGAGGAGGAGGACCUGAAGGAGAAGAUGAGGCGGCUCCAGGUGGCCAACGAGCACAAACAGAGAGAGCUGGAGGCCAUGAGGGAGAAAAUGGAAGAGUCUGCAGCUCAAGCAGUGUUAGAGGAGAACAGGAGGAGGAAGUCUCAUUUAGACCUACAGGACCGCCACAGGCUGGACCUGGAGAGAGAGAAAAUGGUUCAUCAGCAGAUGGAGAGGCAGGUGGCGCAGAAGUCCUUUGAACUGGAGCAGUACCUGCAGCGCGUCCGGGAGCUGGAGGACAUGUACCACCGGCUGGAGGAGGCCUUAGAGGACGAGAGACAGGCCAAGCAGGACGAGGAGGAAAUGCGAAAACUGCAGGCCAGGCUGCUGGAGGAGGAGGCGGCCAAGAGGGUCGAGCUGGAGCAGAUCCACCUGCAGCAGCAGAGGGCGCUGUCUCAGACCGAGGCUGAGAAGCAGGAGCUGGUGGCCGACCAGCGGGCCAAGGAGCGAGAGCUGCGGACAGCCAUGCUGCAGCUGGAGAGUCUGGAGAGGGAGCGGCAGGGAGCACUGGAGCAGUAUGAGGAGGUGUCGAGGAAGCUUAAGGGAGCAGCCAACAAGUCAAAGUCUUGGAAAGACAAGGUGGCCAAACAUGAGGGGCUGAUGCGUCUCAUCCAGCCAGGUGAUAAAGCACCUCAGAGAAUCACCAACUGGGGUCCAGCCUCGUUCACUGACACAGAGCUGGAGAUCCGGAAGAAGUCGUGGCAGGAGAGGAAGAACCAGGGGCCCCAGGCUCAGUGACCACUCCCCACGCUCAGGGACUGAAAGUGACAGUGGAGCCCAAACGGUCCCAUUCCAGAGCUUCUGUAACGUGAACCUACUGAGCCGCGUGACAACUGCAAAAUACAUGUUUCACUCAUUCUUUCUGAGGUUCCUUUUUAAUGUACAGUUUGGAUUAACUACGUUUCAUCAUUUUGACUUUUUCUAAAUUAUGUUCAAUCUAAAAAAAAAAAGGCAUGACCAUAGACGUAAUAGUGUGACAAAGUAAACUUAAAUCAAGUUCAAGCACUUAGUUUUCUCUGGGGAUGAAGGUCAUGUGAUGACAUUUCAACCGUCCAUCAACAUUCAAUAGAUUCAUCCACAGAUAGAAAAGUGAGUUAAGCUAAUUUAGUCAUAAAUGCUUUAACACUUGUGUUUUUGCUCGGCUCAUGUUCUUCUUUGGUAAUUUUAGUCCGUUCUUGUGUUGUGUUUUUCUUUAUUGUGUGUGCACGCUCAGAGCAGUGUGGACAAGAUUAAGUUUCUGUCCAAGCUCUACUCCAGUCCACAGUGGUUUAUCCCAAACAUGUAUCAUGGCUUCAUCAGGCUGUUUCCAGUUUCCUUAUACAAAAUACUGUUAUCCAACAUGAAAUCAAAAUGCCACCACAGAUACCAUGAAUACAACACAUUACAAUAGUCCAUUUCUUCAUUCUGUCACCACAAAUACAAAGUGUUCAUUUCACAACAUUCUAAAAAAUGCAAAUUGAUAGUUAAAACAGUUGAAUAUUUAUUUUUUAAUACAAGUAAUUUAAUUCUGUAAUUUUUUAAACCAUCUCUCCAGACUGCUUUAAAACACAGUGUAUUUAAACUGUCAUCACUUAACAGUACAUCUAACGCUGACUAAUCUUAAAGAUUGUCUACACGUGAACACAUCCAUACAAGAGCAACACUUCCAAUAGCUUUUACUGUAAAGAAAUACAUUCUGUAGAUACUGCAGAACCCUAUUGGAGUUCAGUGGAGCAGCUCCUCUCCAUCUCAAAUCUCCUCUCUGUGACAAACGUACUGACCUUUGAUGGAUAAGAGCUGUGUGUAAGAGCUGUGUGAUGUGUUUUUAAAAAUAUGCUUUUGUAAAGAUGAGUCAGUAGCAUUUGUUGAAGCCUUAACCAAGAUGACAAAAAAAUAAAACUCAUAAAGUGUG